UAAGGUAGAAGAAAUAGUAAGGGAUGACCCCACAAACAAUAUUCCGGAUACAAUAUUUGCAAAGCUUGGAAUGCAGCUUCAUAGGAGGAACCACCAUCCACUUGGCAUCCUUAAGAAUGCAAUCUAUGAUUAUUUUGACACAAACUAUCCAGACAAGUUCGACAAGUUUGAUGAUCUGUGCCCUAUAGUUUCUGUUAGACAGAACUUUGAUGAAGUGUUGGUACCUGCUGAUCAUGUAAGCAGGAGUUACAAUGACACAUAUUAUGUGGAUUCUCAAACUGUCCUAAGGUGCCACACCAGUGCACAUCAAGCUGAGUUACUGAGGAAUGGAUACACCCAUUUUCUUGAUACUGGAGAUGUGUACCGUAGAGAUUCCAUUGACUCAACUCACUACCCUGUAUUCCACCAGAUGGAGGGUGUAGGGGUCUUUGCUCCAAAUGAUUGGGAGGCUUCAGGUACUGAUGCAACGUCACAUGCUGCAGAAGCUCUGAAGAAAUGUCUUGAGGGUUUGGCUCAGCAUCUAUUUGGUGGGGUGGAAAUGCGCUGGGUUGACACUUAUUUCCCGUUUACUAGUCCAUCAUUUGAACUGGAGAUAUAUUUUCAAGAUCAAUGGAUGGAAGUUUUGGGUUGUGGAGUGACAGAACAAGAAAUAUUGAAAAGAAGUGGUAGAACGGACAAUGUUGCUUGGGCAUUUUGCCUUGGAUUGGAGCGCUUGGCUAUUGUUUUAUUUGAUAUUCCAGAUAUUCGACUUUUCUGGUCAACUGAUGAGCGGUUCACUUCUCAAGUAAUUUCCGGCCGGCUUGGGCUGAAGUUUAAGCCAUUUUCCAAGUAUCCACCUUGUUAUAAAGACAUGAGCUUCUGGAUCCGUGAUUCAUUUACCGAGAUCUGUGAAGUUGUUAGAGGAAUUGCUGGAGACCUUGCCGAGGAGGUGAAAUUGAUCGACAACUUCACCAAUAAGAAAGGAAUGACGAGUCAUUGCUAUAGGAUAGCUUUUCGGUCCAUGGAACGUUCACUAAUGGACGAGGAAAUAAAUGAUUUGCAGUGGAAAGUUAGAGAACAGGUGGAGAACAAGUUAAAGGUUGUUCUAAGAUGAGCUAUUUCAAUUGUUUGUUUUUCACUUAUUUUGUAGCUCACAACAUGUAGUUAUUUACAUGAGUUU